AAGAUAUCGAAUAUCAGAAGAAAACCAUAAAGAUUUAAAUAGGUCUGCGGUGAACAUGGAUGAAAACGCUUAUAGAAUGUACGAUAAUGAUCAAAUAUCACGAGAUUACCGUGAAGAUAGAAUGAGGUCUAUAAGACGUGGGUGUGAGGACACGCCCAACGGUUACCGUGGAAACCAGACGUCAUGGGAGGACCACGAAGAAAUGGAUAGAUUUACUAGUCGGAGCUAUGAAGACCUGCGAAACAGUUAUCAUCGGGACCAACCUCCCAGAAAAGACUUCCAAUAUAGGAAUAGAUCUACUAGACCAAGAUAUGAAGGCAAGCAAAGCAGUUGUAGUCGAGAUCAACCAUUAAGAAGAGACCACGAAGAAGGAAAAAGGUCUAACAGAAAGAGGAAGGAAGGCAUUCCAAACAGUUAUCUUAGCAACGAAGCAUCAAGAAAAGACAACCAAGACAGGGAUAGGUCAGCAACACGCAGACAUGAUUCCAGAAGAGAAGAUGGUUACUUGGAAAAGUUUGAGGGACGUAACAUGUCAAGAACAGAUGAGUGGAUUGUUACACCUGAUAAGAAUAGUAUAGAGGAAAGCGAUGACUUUGUUGCUAAAAUUUACAAAGUUUUGCUAGAUGAAGGUGGUAAAUUGAAGAAAAAACGUUUUGAGGCCUGUCUGCGUGCAGAACCAUUAACGAUGAGAUUUAUGCCAAAGGGCUCUUUCAUCAGAUUUUUAGAAGAUUAUAGAAAUGUUUUUGAAAUCUCUGAUGGAUCAUAUAAUGAACAAGAAGAAGGUGAAAUAACAGACCCGGAAGUAAGAGCAAGGUCAAAUAUUCAGAUAUGCCUUGAUCACUCUAGUUCAUCUCAGAUGUGUAGAGGAAAUUGUAAUAAUUUGCAUAUCUGUAAAUUUAAAUUAAUCAGCGAUUGCCCAUUUGAGAAUUGUCGGUAUGGACAUAAUCUUGAAACAGAUCACAACCGUCAUUCUCUUAUGCAUCACUUUUUGCAAUUCCUUAAACCUGAUCAGGUCCGGAUUUUGAUAAGCGAUAUGGAGCACAGAAGGGGUGUGACAAUACCUUCUAUUUGCACUUAUUACAAUAAAAUCAAGGGUUGUAAUGAACCUAUAAAAUGUCCACAUCUACAUGUCUGCGCUUUUAUCGCAGGUAAAUGUGGGUUCCAACCCAACUGUAAACGUUCUCACAAUCUGGAAGACGAACAACCCAAGAAGGUUUUGAGUAAAUUUGGGAUAGAGGUGAACGCACAUAACAAAGCUAGUUUGUUGAAAAUGCUUAAAUUGGGUUCUCUGCAUUCUCCAGGAGGUCAAGGUCAAGGUGGUAGGAAAACAACCCAUCUUUAUAGUCGUAGUGGAUCAAUUGUUCCAGAUUAGACUGCCCAAGAAGAAACAAAAGACAACCAGGAAGGAAAUGUCUUAGAACCUCGCUUUGAAAUCAAUAAACCUCUUCGUUAUUGGAAUAUACAGUAGAUUGUGAAGGAUGACUACUACUUUUAAAGGGAAAUUUUCGGUUAUUGUGAAAAAAAAAUCAAAGAAUAUCUUAUAAUUGAAAUGAAAGAAAAUGAGAAAAAGUAUUUUUUGAAUACACUUUACAUACUAUAGCUUAUAAAAAUGUAUCUAAGCAGAGAAUGUAUCCGACUAUGCUUUAAAAGUAUAGUGUCGUUUGAUUGUGUAAGUUUGAUGUGAGAUUAAAAUAAAACGCUUACAAAGUAAAAGAUUCUUGAAAACGUAUAUUGCACCCACAGAGUUCCUGGAACAGUUUUCAAAAAAUCACUUAUCUGUUGUGUUUGCCGUGAAUAUCUACAA